AUGUUGCAGCUUUAUUACCUUUUCGACCUCAGCAUAGCACAGCCUGAAUUCGCUUCUUAUGUAUGUGCUGGAGAUGGUUCUAAUAAUAUCGAGUUCUCCCCAAAUAGUGCAUAUGACACUAAUCUUAACACAAUCCUCUCAUCUGUUUCACAGAACAUGGAUAGUUUUGGGUUCUAUAAUUCUUCCAUAGGCCAAAAAUCUGACGCGGUUAGUGUCAUUGCGCAAUGUAGAGGGGACGUCCAAUUACAGGCAUGCCGUGAUUGUAUGACUAAUGCUACUCGUAAGAUUCUAGAGGUAUGUCCUUACAAGAAAUCAGCCAUUGGUUUCUAUGACCGUUGUAUGGUAAGAUAUUCAAAUCAGUCCAUCAUAGGCAUCGUUUCAACUCAGCCACGAAGAAUUUUAUAUAACACCGCAAAUGCCUCAAGUACUGGUGAAUUUAUGCAAGAUCUAAGAAACUUGUUAGAAAGUUUACAAAGUCAAGCUUCACGGGAUGGUAAACGGAGGUACGCUAAUAAUAGUACGCAGGCCCCUGAUUUUUAGACUAUAUAUGCACUUGUACAGUGCACUGCAGAUUUAUCAGCUCAAGAUUGCUUCAAUUACUUAAGUGCUGGCUAUAGGAGCUUACCUACCUAUGAAUGUUAUGGUAAGCGGGGUCUCAGAUAUAUGAUGCCCAGCUGCAAAUUUCAGUAUUAA